AUGUUCUGGUUUGAUCCAGAAGUCGUCUGGGGCCUCAACGGAACCGGUGCUGAUGCCCUCUUCUCGAAUGGAUUGAAAAAAGCCUUUAAUUCAUACCACACGGCAUCUAAGUGGAUGUGUAUCGCUUACAUUAUUGCAUUAUUGUCUACUGGCGUGGAGUUGCUGGUUGGUAUUUCUGCAAUUUUCAGUCGCUUGGGAAGCUUUGCCACCAGCUGUGUAGCCGGCGUGUCGACCUUCUUCACGAUAGCAGCCGCCAUCACAUCCACAACCCUCUUUGCCACAUUGGAUAUUACUCUGGACUCAGCCACAAAAGAAUAUCAAAUCCGGUCCACUCUGGGCACUCGAAUGUUGGCCGUCACAUGGAUAGCCGUUGCAUUUCGAUUGCCGGUGGCAUCCUCUGGGGGGUUAGCUCGUGCUGCGUCCCCAGUCAAUCGUCCGGCAGUUCCAACUCCAUACCUGGGAGCAGGCGGUACGCACCCAGAGGGGACUGCAUACCAAGCUCCUCUUCUGUCUCGUCAGGCUGGGCCGCAAAUUACUUCCAGCACUUAUGAGCCUUUCCGGCACACUGGAUUGGAGGAUGGCGCUUAA